AUGGCCCGACAAAAGGCAUGCGACUGCUGCCACAGCCGAAAGAUUCACUGCGACAAUGCCAUUCCUCAGUGCAACUGGUGUAAACACCAUGGACUGGCCUGCACAUACGAUCGGGUCAAUAAACGGGCAGCCCGGGCCAGCAGCACUAAGCGGCGGCUCGUAAAAGCUCUAGAGCCCACGGGGUCAUUGGGAUCAGCCGCAGCCUCGCCGUGCUCGGAUGCGGAUGCUGUCGUCAGCAUCGCCCGAGCACCGGCACCUACAUCGCCGUCAACCAGAAGCAGAACAGAUACUAUUUUUUGCAUCAAUACCGCCCGCGACCUGCAGCCGGCCUCUAAUGACAUACACUUUUCUAGUUAUAAGCUGAGCGACAUCAGCUCUCACUGCGGCAUCCCGCUCUUUUCGGCCCAUGGCCGGGAGUGGCUCAAAGCGCGCACGGGUGAGGACGUCGGUAACCAGAUCGUGUACCUCGUGGAGGCCCUCCAGGGCGGCCGCCGUAUCACCCAAACUAUGCUAUCUGAGUUUAUGCUGUCGCGUACAAACUUGGACCUUCCACCGCGCGCCGUUGUCGACAGCUGCUUGGAAGCCUAUAGGACAUCGCAUUUUCAGCUGGUUUUUCCCAUUGUCGAGCACAUGCUUUUCGCCCAGAUAAUCGACGCCGCAUAUACGCCACAGAAGUAUCCUGUGCACGACGGCCUGGCCGCAGCCGCGGCGACCACAUCGCUCGAUCACAUCACAGCCAAGGCGUCGAUUUUUGCGUUCCUGUCUGUGCUGGCAGCGGCGCGUGUCGAGUUCCGUGAUCUUACCCCCGAAAUCGACGGCGAUGCAUCCUCUGACAUGCCCCGGACCAUGUACCACCUCUUCACUGGCCAGAUGGGUGCCGCCAUGAAGACGCACGCAAUGGGGUGCCGAAUGUUGUUCAUACUGGGAGCGCAUAUGGCACCGACGCCACCGGAUGAAAACGGGAGAAAUAGCAUCGCUUGGCGUGUUAAGUCAUACCUACGCACCGUCUUCUGGUUAUGCUACACAUUUGACAAAGAUAUUGCCCUCCGUACAGGCCAGCCGCCUUGCAUCGAAGACGAGCACUGCGAUCUUACGUUGCCGGAACACUAUACGAAGCACGGACACCACUGUGACAGCUCCGAAGAGCAGAGUAAUAACAUUGACUUGUCGACGUCCUCGCCAUGUCCAUCGUCGUCCUCGCCGGUCCGAACGGACGGCACCGAAGCGCAUUGGCUGCCGGGUGAUUUGCGUCUUGUCAUCAUCAAGUCUAAGACUUACCGUAUGCUUUACUCCGCCGCUGCUUUGCGCAAGCCUGAUGCCGAGCUAGUGCGCGAUAUUCGUGAACUGGAUGAGGAAGUCGAGCGUUGGCGCCUCUCCGUGCCGGCGUAUACUCGGCCACAGUUAUUUUACGCACAAGCACAACCUCUGAACCAUGACAAUAUGCCACGCUCACGGUUGGUGCGCCGUACUAUACUGCACUUUGAGUACCACUACCUGCUAGCGACAAUUCACCGUGCUGUCAGUCGCUGCCGCACAUGGGGUGUCGACGGCGAUGUCAGUAGUGGAGGCGAAGAUGAAAUCAAGGGUUUGGGCUCGAGUUUGUCGUUGUCGGUGGAAGCCAGUCGCGCGACCAUUUUCUAUCUGCGCCUAGCCAUAAAAACCCUGUUCGAAGAUGCAUUCUGGUUAGUCGUCUCGUACCCUAUGUCGGCGACGAUGACUAUCUUUGGAAACAUUAUGAUGCACCCGCUGCACCCACGCUCGCGCGAGGACCUGCAGCUUCUCAACAUCACACCGGAGCUACUGAAGCAGAUGCGACCACCUGACUGGACCCCCAAUGAGUUGGCAAAUAUGCAGAUAAUUGAGAGCUUCAUAGCCGAGCUGAUCCGGCUUGGUGACAAUGCCAUUACAAAAGCGACGCGAGAUCGGGACAGCGAUGGCAAGAGUGUAGGUAGGUAG